AUGUCAAACAAUAAUAAUUCAACACAUAAAUUAGUAAAUCUUCCACAUAUUCUAAUAUCUAUCAUAGUUCAUAACUUAACAGAUAAUAUCGAUAAGAUUUGUUUUAGUUUAGUUUGUAAAAGAUGGUUUGACAAUAGAAAUAGAUAUCUAUUGUUUGAUACAAAGAGAUUAUAUUGUAUCGAUAAAGAUAGUUCAAGAAUCACAUUGAAUUCCUAUAGAUCUUUAAUAACAGAAUCACUCUCCCAAAAGAAACAGUGUAGCCUGCUCGUCAAUUCAGAAAAAAACUAUAAUGGUCUUUAUGAUCAUAUAAUGGAUAUUGAUUCAAUUGAAAGUAUAAAUGAAAUCGAUCAAAAUAUUGUUAAUGUAGAAUUAGACUCUAGAAUCGAAGCCCCAGAUAAGCUAUUUGCUCGACUUUAUGAAUUGAUAAGUAAAUCAAAUGUAACUAGCAUUGAGAAGUGCACACCUCAGACUUUAAAGUAUGGAAUACCAGCGAAUAUCACCUCAAUAGUUUUCGAGCAUUAUUUUAAUGAACCAUUGUUGAAAGGUUGUUUUCCACCGACCUUGAAGACACUGAAAUUGGUAGGUAUUUUCAAUCAGGUUAUUGAAGUAGGUGUGUUACCUGAUACACUGGAGUGUCUCGAGAUUUCUAAUCUCGAUCAAAUAUUGGAACCUGGAGUAUUACCUGCAUCAUUAAAGAUUCUUAAAAUCUGGCGUUUAGCACCCGAAAACUAUCUCAAAGUUGGAUCGUUACCACCAAAUCUAGAGGAAUUCAUUCAUGAUGGAAAUGAUUUUAAUAUCGAUGCAAACGUACUGCCAAAUUCGCUUAUUAGGCUUGUUAAUGCGCCUGUUUUAUGGAUGAAUUCAAUAAAGCAACUCACAAAUCUUAGAUCCCUUUUGAUAAUUGGCCAUGCUUCUUGUUUAGAUCUUGGUGAUCUACCGAAAUCACUGACAACACUUGAUUUAUCCGGUUCACUAGAGGUACUAUCGGCCUGUCCUACUUCAAUCAGACAUCUUAGUCUCGACGAUUCAGAGUAUGACAUUGACCAAUUGUUCCCAGAUCGCUCACUUUAUCAUUUUGAAAGUCUAGUGGUAUGGGCAUUCAAACAGGAAUCUCUUAAAGGUUUGGAUAUCAAGAGAUUGAUUCUCAUUGAUCAGAUAAAUACAGAGAGUUUGGGAAAGAUCAGAGUCAUUCCAUAUGGUAUUGAAACGCUUGAGAUUGCUAUUUGGUGUGACUUUUCUUUCAAUCAGGAAGUACUUCCAUCAUCGUUGAAAACACUCAAUGUUACCAAUAUGGACAGUUUCACACACCCAGGUAUUAUUCCAAACUCUGUGAAUAAUUUAAUCAUUCGAGAUCUAGGAUCUGAUAUUAAUAUACCAGAAGGUAUUCUCCCAGACUCUGUUAAAAACAUUCAAUUGACACAACUUUUAUUUCCUACAGCAAAAAUGAUAGACAACAUUACUUAUGAAGGUUUCAAUAAUAAUAAGUGUUCGAUUCGAAAGCUUGAUGAUCAAUAUUACAUUGUAUUUGGUCAUCAAAGUAACCAAUUCAUUGCAAGUCUAUUCCACAAAUCAAUGUUUUUAGACUCAAUUAAAGUUAGCCAUCAAGAUCACCUUAAUUCAAAGAGAGUCCAAAGCUAUCCACCAAAGUAUUGCCUAGAGAUCCACAAUCCAGCGACACUAUCUAUGCACAACCGAAUCAGAUGUAGUACCAUCAGAUCAUACACAUCAAAUCUUAAAAACAUAGUGAAAUCUGACCAACAUGUUGAAUUUAAAACAAUAAAAUACGAUAAAACAAACUUUUCUGAGUUCUUUCGUCAAAAAAAUGUUUUUUAUAUAGAUGAUAACAUUGAUAUCAUUUGUUUCAGUUUAGUUUGUAAGAGAUGGUACAACGAUAGAGAUAAAUAUUUAAUGUUCAACACUGAUAAUAUCUGUCUAUUUGCAUAUAAUACCUCUGAUAUCAAUCAAAAUAAUAAACAUUUCAACUUACCAUCAUAUUAUAAUACCUUUAUGAAUUCAAUUCAAUCAAAGAUUAAUUUGACACUAGUUUUUGGCUAUAGUACUUACCAAUGUCCAAACUACGAUUAUCAUUAUAAUGAGUUUGAAAAGCUAAAGGGUAGUAUUCCCUGCAAGGUUUCAAAUAUCUAUAUAACAUUUAAUUCUUCCGAUGAAAUAGAUGAAUUAGAGAAAUUCUAUAGAUUAAUAUCGGAAUCACAAUCAGUAACAAAGUUGGAAGGAUGCAGCACAUUGAUAUAUGGAUUACCAAAGUCAAUCAAAUCACUAUCUUUCCGAGGAUUUGAUGAACCCAUUAAGAAAGGAUCACUUCCCGAUUCAUUAGAGGUGUUAGAUUUUGACAGAUUUUUCAAACAAGAGAUUCUACCAGGUGUACUUCCAGAUGGUUUGCUCGAACUUACUCUAAUCAACUAUCAAUAUGAAAUUCGACCAGGUGUACUUCCAAAUAGUUUGUUAUCAUUGACUAUAAACGGUAGUCCCUAUGAAAUUCAAGCAGGUAUACUUCCAGCUGGCUUGUUAUCAUUAUCUUUGUACGACUAUCCACAUGAGCUUCGACCAUGUGUACUCCCAUCAACUCUUACAUAUUUGUCUCUAAAGUGCUACGAAUAUACGCAAAUUGAUGAUCUAGCAUUUAUAAGUGCCGAAUCUGCAACAUGGGAAGAUAGUGUAAUAACGAAAUCUUAUGUGCCAAUUUCAUGGUUACAAGCAAUAUCAUCACUUCUCAAUCUUCAAUCACUUGAAAUUUAUUUUUCCUACCGCGAUCAAGAAUCCAAUGUAUUCAAUCUUAAAUACCUCCCACCAACUUUAGAAUCACUCGAAAUUAGCAUAACAAGUGUCGUAUUGAUAGGAACAAUGCCAGCAUCCUUAAAAAACAUCCAUCUUAACGAAUGUCAAUUUAUUAUCGAUGAAAUAUUCCCAGAAACUAAGCAAUAUCACUUUGAAGUAUUUGGUAUUGAUAAUAAUAGUAUUCUUCGAAUUCCUUCAAACAUAAAGAUCGAUGAAUUGUUCAUAACUGGAGAAAUAACAGAAUCAACUAUAUCUCUACCAUCAUAUGGUGUGAAAUCAAUCUACUUUUAUACAGGAUUGUAUGAUUCAGGCGAGAAGAUUAUCGACUUUGGUGAUGUCGACAACGUUACCGAUCAAACAUGUUCAUUAAGAGAACUACAUCUUCCGACAUUCAUGAAUGGAACUCCUAAAUUUAAAAUACCAAACACCAUUGAACAACUGCAUAUUGGUGACAACGAUCUCAAUGAUAUAUUACAUUUGAUACCAUCAACACUCAAUACUCUUUCUUUUAAUAGCAAUGAAAACCAAAGUGAAAUCGAUAUCACCAAUCCAAAUUUUUUCAAAUCAAUACCCAAAAUAAUUCGUAAUUUUGGAACAUAUAGCAAGCAAACUAUUAGAAAGUUGGAUGAAAAUUAUUAUUUAAUAUAUAAUGAAUUUGACAACGAACAAAACGUCCGAUUGAUUUGCGAAAACUCAUUAACUCUCUUUAACUUAUUUAACCAACCUAAAUCUUAUGAAAAUGUAGAUAAUACAGAAUAA